CUCACCCUAGGUCAUGACACUUUUACUCUUUUCCAUUCCUUUUACAAUCAAACUUACUGUGUCUCUGUUGAAGGAAAGAGAAGUUGCAUUAUUUGGCUUGACUCUGAUUUACUUAGUUGGUUAGUGGAAUGCCUCUUAAAAAUCUCUUUUGAACCAUGUUGGGUUUUCUCAAGAAAUACUGAGAAGAGGACUUUGAAAGUGGGUAGGGAAUCUGAUUUCAUAAAUAUCUCUGAAUCCAGAAUGGAGGGCACUCGGUCAAUCUCACUACCAACAGGUAAGAACAACCUUUUGUUAAGGAAAUUCAUCUCCAACCUUCACUAUUUCUGUAGCAGCAGCUCGGAGAAGCAGAACAUUAUUACCAAGCCAUCCAAGGAUCUUCAACCUGGGAAUGAAGAGAACAUCCGAUCUCCACUACACUCGCGGCAGAACAUCAGCACAACAGACCAGCAGAAAUCUAGUGUAACUCCAAGGACUUCCCAGUUUGCAGACCAGCUGAACACCUGCGGAAACCUGUCUUUAGCAGAAUCCAGGGAUGACGCAACCAGUCAGGGAGAAUGGCUCCCUAGUGUUCACAAGCCAUACAACCUUGAUAUCUCUUUAACCACAUCCUUGCUCUGUUGGGAAAGUGAAACCCCCAAUCUUCCUAAACCUUUCGAUGGUGAACUCCCGGGGCUAUGUCGUUAUGACCCUAUGAUUUUUGGCCGAGACACUUGCUCAAAAAGUUUGCUUGCAAUGGACAUUGGGCCUCUAUCACAUGCUGAACUUUACAAUGCUAACACUAACACACCCUUUUCCGCCAGGGAGGGAUCACUUUCAGGGAAAGCACUAACACAGAUAGCUCCAGGAUUCCCGGCUUCUAGGGUAAGAGGAACUCAAUCUGAACCUCCCCGCACACUUCAACUGGUGUCCCCAACAGCCCCUCCUCUCAUCCCCUCCUCUUUUAACUCAUUCCGGAUUCUGGACACAUGCCAAGACAGUGAGGAACCGCUAGUGGAACAAUCUUUAAAUGGAGAUAGAGUUAAUAUUGACUUAUUAAAUUGCUUUUCUACAUCUAGGUUGCUGAAGCUUAAUGCCCUCGAGGAAGUGGCCCCAUAUGGUGGAGAGCCGGCUCUUUAUACUCACUCUGAAGGUGAGUCAACAGCAUUGAAUGACUCAAAGAUUGAACCUUGUAGAUUCAGCAUCCCCAGCAGCUCCACGGUCUCAAUGCCGUUCCCGAAAUUAACCAAAGGAAAGCCAACUUCUUCACCGUCACAUAUGGUCACCAGGAGCAGGGCUAGGCAACUAGCUGAAGGAAGGAGAAAAGCUCCCAUUAGGGGAGUUGACACCUCGGACGACGAUGAAGAGUCCUUGUUUGAUGGUAUUCGUUCUGCCUUCAAAAGAAGCUGUCCAACCAUUCGAACUAAGAAGACCUGUGCACCUGCCCUGAUUAAGAAAACCGGCUUGUCUCGAACCAACCCAAUUGUCAGUGCUUCCCUAAUGUAGCAGGAAGUCUCCUUAAUAUAAGAUUCAAAGUGUUCUGUAAACACUGGCUCUAAAAGCUUGAAUUCCUCUUCAAAAUCUCCCUUGCAGCAUAAAUCCAAGGAGUAUUCUUUGCUACAUAAUUCCUUGAUGUCCCAUUGGAAAAGGAGACUGGUGAUGGACUCCUCCUGCACCACCGGACUAGAUACAGGGAUU